AUGUCAGGCGAAACAACUUUUUCUGUGAAAGAACAGUCAAUUAAAAUUAAGCCUCUAGAGCACUCAUCAGUAGAGAACGUUAAAAUUGAACUUGAAGAUGAAUUUGAGAGUUCUGAUGGUUUUAAGUUUGAAUCGUCUUCUGAGUAUGAUGAAACUUGUUUAGAAAGAUUCACGAAGUCCGAGGUCAUUAUCGAGGAAGAAGUUAAACAAGAGAUAACCGAAACACCUGCUUAUGAAUGUGACAUUGGUAAUAUAUCAUUUACAGAAUCACAUAAUUUAGAAGAACACAACAGCAAGGGGCGCUCUUUUAAAUGCGAAAUAUGCAAUAAGGUAUUCCAUCGCAAAAAAAAUUUAACAACACACAUGCAUAUUCAUACAGACGAACGCCGUUUUAAAUGUGAAAUAUGCAAUAAGGUAUUCCAUCGCAAAAAAAAUUUAACAACACACAUGCAUAUUCAUACAGACGAACGCCGUUUUAAAUGUGAAAUAUGCAAUAAGGCAUUCAAUCAAAAAUGCAAUUUAACAUCACACAUGCUUAUCCAUUCAGAAGAACGCCGUUUUAAAUGUGAAAUAUGCAAUAAGGCAUUUAAACAAUUAACUUCUUUGAGAAAUCACGAAUCCAUUCACAAUGGUGAACGUACCCAUGUAUGCAAAACAUGCAAUAAGUCAUUCUCAAGAUCGACUACUUUAAAAUAUCACAUGCGCGAACACAGUGGUAAGAGUCCCCAUGAAUGCAAAAUAUGCAAUCGAAUAUUCACACAGUCAAGCAGUCUGAAAAGCCAUAUGGACACUCAUUCUGGAGAGCCCCUUUUUGAAUGUGGAAUAUGUAAUCUGACAUUCCAAUCAUAUAAUUUGAAAAAACAUAUGCUGAUCCAUAAACGUGAACCUUUUGGUAAGAAUAAAUGUGAAAUAUGCGGUUUGGCAUUUGUUCAUAAAAGCAGGUUGGCGAAACACGUGAUUACCCAUGAAGCAAAAGAUGCUUAA